CUCACCACCCUUCACGGCCAGAGGACCAUGCGCAGUAAACAACCCCCUUGGCAGAGCAGGCACCUCUCUGGCAUCCUUCUGCAAGAUGGGCACCACGCGUCCUCCGUGGGGCUUCAGCAGGUCACCACGCGUCCUGGCCUCCUGUGUCCUCCUGGCCCUGGGCGCGCUCACACACACGGCUCAGGCCGCACCGGAUUUCACCGUCUACCUGCACAAAAUUCUCAGGAACCACACUGCACAUGCGUGCGAUGGAGACACUCUCGAAAUCAGAUGUCCCUCCAAAACCACCAUUGCCAUCCUCUCUGCUUUCUACGGACGCCGUGUGCCGAGCCAGUACUUGUGUCCAACCACAAACCCAAACGUCACGCUGGAGGAGAACACUGAGUGCAUGUCCCCUGUGGCCGUUCAGAAAGUGACGUCAGAGUGCCAGGAGCAAAGGAGUUGUCAUAUACCAGUCAUCAGCCAAGUGUUUGGACAAGACCCCUGCCCUGAGACCAGCAAGUACAUGCUUGUGUCAUACAAGUGCCGCCCAGAGCAUCACAGGACUAAAAUGGUAUGUGAGAACGAGAGGUUGCGCCUGGCGUGUAAGAACGACACAGUCCUUGCCAUCUACUCUGCUACGUUUGGCCACCAGCUGCACUGGAACCACGACUGCCCACAGGAAAACGACGUCAAGGCCGACAUGGAGUGUUUCUCAUCCACUGCCCUGAGGAGAGUAUCUCGUCGUUGUCAUGGCAAAGCCAACUGCUCGGUCCUGGCAGACAUUCAGAAUUUUGGUGACCCCUGUUUCCCUGGAACCAGGAAGCAUCUGCGAGUGUCCUACACAUGUGGUGAGAGAGGAAUUAUAUAUGACUCUAUGCAUGGAUUAGAGGGAAUAAGCCAACAGAUGAACCUCUCGUACACAGGCGGCUGGUACACAGGCCCCGGCGUGUCCAGGCCACAAAACAUUUUCACCAACUCUCUGGAAAUCUUUUCCCAAAUUCAGGGUGUUCCAGAGACAGUAGCCCUGUAUUUUGUCUCAGGGAUCUGUGCUGGCUUGGUGUUCCUGCUAUGUUUGUUUGGUCUGAAAUCCACACUCGUGCGAGAUGCCAAGGAGCUGUUCACUGAACUGGGAGACGAGAUUAAAGCCACGCGUCGCCGAGGCAACAGCAACUUUGAGGACGACGACAUCUCCGACGCCUCCUUCCGUCGGCUCACCCAGUCGUACCGCAUGGCGGACAUGUUUGGCCCAGACAUGAUCAUGACUGUGGAGAUGGUGGAGAGGGGUGAUGAGAGAGGGAAGGAGCUCACCAAUGGGGAUAUGUGGCCUCACCGGGACUCUAGUCCUUAUGCCAUACACAACAUAAAAUCCUCCUCUACAUAACAAAACUGCCCCAUGAAUUUCUUGUUACUGUAACAUUAGAGGAAAGUGGGUGUGGAUAUGUAAAGGAAUGGGUGUUGUGGGGUUAGGUCAUGUGAAUAUAUUCAGUGACACCCACACACUAAAACUGCCUAGGAUAACUACAUCCAUAAUGAUUUGAGAGUUGCAAUAUUAAUUGUUCAAACUGUAAAAUGAUAGGAAUGUGAAAAUCCCAGUAGGUUUAAAUAGCCUAGCCUAUAAAGUGUAAGUAGGCAUAUAAUUAACCGUAUUAUCAUUCUGUCUUUAUGAAUUUUCUUUAUGGUACAGUUUAUUCAAGUUAAUAAAAAAUAUUUUU